AUGUUAUCAGCACCUUACAUUACGCUUCCCACGGUCAUCGCCGGCGCGGCUGUAAUCUUCCUCUUCGCUCUCGCAUUAUACCCUUCUUCUCUGCUGCAGUGGUUUAAACGUAAACGCUAUCAGUAUGAGGUGACGUUUUCCUUGUACAUGUUGAGUCCGACUGAGAAGUUUAUUUUCAACUCAAUCCUCUUCCUCUUCCUCUCCAUGGUGUCCAUCGCAGUGGCGCUGUACCUCCCCAGACACGUCAAGAUUAUCGCGCAUAGAGCAUACUACUAUGUCUCUGGCGAUCUACUCAAGAACGGCACAACGAGUGGAGUGUUGGAUACGACCGGAGCUGGGUUUUUGACGCCUACUGCUGUUGCUGAGGUUGCGGGAAGUGCUUGA